AUGGCUAACUCUUCGCCUUCACUUCAUCUUCUUCUCCUUGUCCUCCUCUGCAUGCUCUUGAAUCCCAGAGGCGCCACGGCCGAAGAAAAGAACCAGUUCAUCUUCAACGGCUUCAAAGAAGCCAAACUCCACCUCGAAGGCGAUGUAAAAAUACUACCUGACGGCCUCUUGCAGCUGACCAACACUUCCAAACACAAAAUAGGCCAUGCCUUCUACUCAUUCCCAAUAAGCUUCUCCGAUGGCCUUUCCUUCUCCGCCACUUUCGUCUUCGCCAUGGUCCCCGAAAUACAGAACAUUGGCGGCCAUGGAAUUGCCUUCGUCAUCUCGCCUCCUGCGACUGACUUCCGACAAGCCAACCCAAACCAGUACCUAGGUCUCCUCAAUGCCUCCAACAACGGUCUAUCCUCAAACCAUCUUUUAGCAGUUGAGCUCGAUACGGUCUGGAGUCCCGAGUUUGGCGACAUGGACGACAACCAUGUGGGGAUUGAUCUGAACAACUUGUCAUCAAUUGCUGCUGCUUCUGUUUCUUACUAUGACGGAAGAGUAAACAGGAGCUUGAAGCUUAUUAGCGGUAAGCCAAUGCAGGUCUGGAUUGAGUAUAGAGAAGUGCAGAACGUGAUGGAUGUGAGAAUAGCUCCCAUGGGAUCCCAGAAACCAAACCGGCCCCUGCUUUCGAAACCCAUCAAUCUUUCUUCGAUUAUUUUGAAUUCCAUGCAAGUUGGCUUCUCUUCUUCCACUGGAGCAAUUGCGAGUAACCAUUACAUCCUAGGUUGGAGUUUCAAUAGGACAGGGGAAGCCCAGAGCCUUGAAAUCAAGAAGCUUCCUUCGAUUCCGAAACACAGAAAAGGAAAUUGGAAAACUGGGGGGCUUUCCGUCUUAUUGAUAAUAGUAUCUGUGCUGCUGGUCCUUACAGUAGCAGGAGUAGCUUAUUUCUUGAGAAUGCAGAAGUACGAAGAAAUACGCGAAGAUUGGGAAAGGCAAUACGGGGCUUAUAGAGAUAUCAAGGCCAGCAACGUGCUACUAGACGCCGGCCUAAACGGGCGGCUGGGGGAUUUUGGAUUGGCCCGGUUCUAUGACCUCGGGGCAAAACCCGGACACGACCCACGUAGCGGCUACGGUGGGGUAUCUUGCACCGGAGCUGACCCGAACGGGGAAAGCAACCACGAACACCGACGUGUUCGCCUUCGGCUCAUUCCUGCUCGAGAGAAAUGGAAAAGUGGAGUUAUUCUUGAAGCAAGCGAUCCGAAUUUGGAAGGGGAGUAUUCGGAGGGAGAAAUAGGUUUAGUGUUGAAGUUGGGUUUGCUUUGUUCUCAUUCAAGUCAGGCGGCAAGGCCCAGCAUGAGGCGGGUGAUGCAGUAUCUUGGCGGCGAUGCGUCCUUGCCCGAAGUUAUUGUGGAUACUACAGGUAUAUGA